UGCGAAAAAGAUAUUAAAGUUGGCGAAAAACAAGAUAAUCUAAACGUGUUUCUCCCCCGUCAUGAAAAACUUCAUUACAUUAUUUGCCUACAAUUUGCAAUUACCUUUAAAGUAUUAAUAGAUAAAAUGUUAUAAAUAUUUACACGAUAAUAUUACACAAGGUACAUCUGUUGAAUUACACCGAAAGCUAAAAAGAUAACAACAAGCACCUACAUUUUUCUGACAAGGUUCUGUUGAUAAAAACUGAAUAAAACAUCUGUAGUGCCAUUAAAAAUUUAUUAAAAAUGGCACUUUUAUUAAUCAAAGGUAAAAUUUAAUGGUCCGAUAAAAAGUAUAAUUUUUAAAAGGCGCGCAAUAUUUAAAUAUUCCCGGCAUUGUAAAUUAAUAAACAUAGCUGGCUAUGGCUAAUAUUUUAAAACACCCUGUGUAUUUUGACACAAUUAUAUUUAUUUCCUUUUUUAUCAGUGAUAGAAUAGAUAGGUAUUUAGGUAUUUACUUAUACUUGUCUAAUAAAAAUGUUGUAGUAUUUGGCGGUGUCAAUAGGGUUUUAAUAUUUAUAUCUUUUUUUAUGCCAAGAUCAUAUUUGGUCGAGGUUAUGAAAUUUUAAGGCGAAUAUUUUCACACAAAAGUUAAAAAUUGAACAGAUUAUAUUCUUCAGUUUUGUAAACCAUGAUGAUAGUGACUUUUCUAAUGUGGUUUACAUAUAUAAAAUAUUUACGAAAAAUGCCUGAAAUUAAGAAUUUAAGAUAGCCCUGGCGUCAGUAAAUUGCCUUCAAAUUUCGGAUUUCUGGGAUACUUUUUUGAACAACAAUUGUUCUCCUUUGCUCUCUGUACCAAAAAUCUAAAAAACAAUCUAAAGAUGAACAUAACCUAACAUGCUUAACAAUAUCGAUGCUUAACAAGUUUGUAAAUGUAUUAGCAUAACAGUUUUAUUUAUUUAGAUUGUUAAGAAUUGAAGGAAUAUAAAAGAUAUCCUAUUAAAACACGAAUUAAAAAUGGUUUUAGUCUGAAGUUAGAAUAGUGAAUAUAUAAUGGACGUAGAAUUGUUGAGGCCUGGCACUGUACCUAUUUCACCUGAAACAAUUCUCUGGUUUGAGUUUCUCCUAAGUGAAGAUUUGCUUUUAAACCACUUAAAGAAGAGUAAUCCUGAUCCAGCUCCUGUUGAUCUUACCAUUAAAUUUUAUUCCGUAAUAUUUGGCUCUGCCAAUAAACUUGAUACUAAGAAGAUUGAAGAAAAUGGAGAAGUUAAAACUCCAGAUAUUAAUAGUGAUUUUUGCUAUCCAAAACAGUCUUCUAAGAAUAUUGCUCUUAAAAUCUUAUGUUUAAAAGUUGCUGCUUUUGGUGGAUGGAAUUUAGAUCAAAUCAUAGCAUUGCCAUUCAGAGUUCAAAUGGAUCUCAUGCAAAAUCUUUUAUAUUUUACUAGUGACAAAAAAGAACUUGUUGAUAUUCCUAAUGUUCCAGAUGCCAAUGUUGAAUCUGCAUUUCCGUGUUAUUUAUUUGCUAUAAUUCUUUACCACAGCUGGGUAUUAAGUAUUUCUGUAAAUAAUUCAACAAAUAAUACAGCUUUUAAAGGCUACUGUAUGGACAUAACAGUACCUGAAGAAGAUGUGGUAUAUUCUCCAGAAAACGUUCAGAAAAGCAUUAAAUUCCUGAAGGAAGUAUUAAAUUGGACAAAAACGCCCAAAAUGCCUGUUUUUGAAUGUUUUAUUAUGUUAACUGAGAAUGAUCUAGAGGUAAAAAACGAUUGGGAAAAAGCAAAAAUGAUUCCAAAGGAUGAGAUUUCUGCUCAAAUUAAUUACAAUCUUGCUGUGUAUUAUUUUCAUAAUGGCAAUUACGAAGCAGCUGCCUUGCAUUUCACUAACACUGCCCACUGUUUAAAAAAUUGCAGUGACUUUGUUUUUGCAAAUAUAGAUAGAGAAAAUCUAAAAGGCUACCUGUUGGCUUGUAACGCCCAAAUUGAAGAUACGAAGCCAUGCUUGAUGCAGCAGUUUUACAACUGCAUAGCAAACCAAUAUACAGGAAUUUUUAAUAUAUUACAGCAGGAUAAUCUCACCAGAGAAAUUUCUUUAGUACACCGAAUUAGUUUAGAAUUGGAUGUUCAAGGAGCACUUUCAAGUGGAAAAUUCACUGCUGCUCGAGAUUUUUUACCUAGAAUACAAGCUUUGAAUUGUGUUAGAUGCUUAUUUGAUAAAAAAACAACUUGCAGAUACAACUUCAAUUCUGAUACAAUAGAUUUGUUUAUUAAGGCUGUAACUCCAACGAUAAACGCAUGCAUUGACAAAGAUAAAUUAAUAAUAAAGCAAUAUUUGAUAAAAUUAAUUUUGAAUCAGAAAGAAAACAAACUAUUUAAUAAAAUUAGGUCUGAUAGUACUUUACGCAGCCUUUUCAGCAAUAUUGAAUUGCAAAAUCUGAACCAAGAAGUAGUAGAUGCAGUACAUGUUCCACACACUUUACAUGGAAAGGAUUUGGAGAUUGUAAAACUAUAUACUAAACGUAAUCCUUCUUUGGAUAUAAAGGUGUUAGAGAAACAGUUAAUGUUGACCUAUGAUCCUUCAGUUUUAAAAGAAUUGUUAGUUAAAUAUUGUACAAAAAACUCAAAUAAACCCGUAUGGAAGAUCAAUCCUUGUUGGGAAUUGCCCAUACCUCUUCAGAGCGUACUUGUUACAAUGCCAAAGGGGUUUUUGCAAGACUACAGUUUUAUCAUGCUAGCAAAAGCCAGAGAGAUGAUGCUAAGCAAAGAUUGGAGCACUUCCGUGGAAUAUUUAAAUAUAGUGGCAAAUGAAAUUCAAAAAGAAACUGGCAAUGCAGUUCCAAAAUUAUUACGAUUAAUCGAAUGGGAAAUUCUUCUAGUUAAAAUAAACCAAUUGAUGGAUCAGUGGCCUGCACCUGACAUGGAUAAAAAUGAACUUGCUCAGGCAUGUGAGGCUUGUUUACAAACCAGCGAGUCGAUUCUUCCAAGGACAGAAAUAAUUGAGUAUUGUGCCGUUUGCCUAUUAAAUUUGACCAAAUGGGACUUUCUAUCCUCAUUUGAAAAAAGAUGGAGUUAUUCAGAAAUUGCUUCUGCCAUAAUGACCGCAUGCCAAGACUUAGAAAAGUAUAAGGGCUUCAAAAAAGUGGCCAAGGACCUGUGGGAAAUAGUUCUUCCAGCGUUUAGUUCUGCUCCACUGCAAACUAAACGUUCUAGUUCGGGAAAUGCCACUGUAAUACAUCGUGAUUCACCUCAGAGUAAUAGUAAAGCGACAUUAAUGUCCUUUUUGCCACAUAUCAGGGACUCAACCAUUUUUACAAUAAUUAUUUCAUUGCUGGCACGAUUAUACAACAUUUUGAGGGAUGAGACCAGUUUAGAAUUACACACUGAUUAUUUACCAUUGUGGCCAGCAGUCGUGAGCAAUGCUAAUUCAUACAGUACAAAGAAUGUUUGCGAAGUUUUAUCUCAAGUUUUGACACAAGCAUUAUACUAUUAUCCCAUGAAUGUGCCAUGGCUGAGAUUGAUGGGUGAUAUCAACUAUGCAAAUAGUCACCAUGAAGCCGCUUUGAGUUAUUACCUUAAGUCACUGGUGAUUGCCAGUGAUCAUUUCAACAUUCCAAUUCGAAACGACGACCUCGUUAUCAAAAGGAUGAUAAAGACGUGCAGUACAUUAAACUGUCACACGCAGGCAUCAGUCCUCUGUCAGUUUCUAGACGAGCCCGACUAUAUGUUCGCUUUUCGAAAUUUAGCCGAACAGAAAGUAUGUUACGAUGCUGCGGAUGCAUACUACCUUUGUUUCUGGGAUAUGAGCAUGCUAGAAUUACUGGUGCACGUUCAUCACAAGAGGGGCGAGUUCCAGCGUCGAAAGAGAGCCAUACAGGUAAUGGGGUUACUCGAAUUAAACGCGAACAACAAUGAAGAGAUUAAGAGAGAGGCGAGUAACUUGAGAAAAAGCGUCUUCUUGAGAGCCAUGUGCAAACAGUAUUUGCAAUAAUGAGUGAGUCAAUUUUUUCUUUUUAAUAAAUACUAGUUUGAAAUUAAAAUCGUACCAUUACUUGGCCUUUUCAAAAUUAUUAGA